CAAGCUCAAAAAGGCAAGCAAAAACAGUCUGAAUCUCAUGGUGAAGCUUCAUUUAAUAAAAGACCAGAUUCAACAAAACCAUCUGGAGUAAAAUGUCGCAAAACUAGAAAUAGCCCUGAUCCAAAAUGA